AUGGGCAAGGACGCUGGUUUCGCUCCCGGUGACAAGGCUAAGGGCGCCAAGCUCUUCCAGACCCGCUGCGCUCAGUGCCACACCGUCGAGGCCGGUGGCCCCCACAAGGUCGGCCCCAACCUUAACGGUCUCUUUGGCCGUAAGACCGGUCAGGCCGAGGGCUACGCCUACACCGAUGCCAACAAGCAGGCUGGUGUGACCUGGGAUGAGAACACUCUGUUCUCCUACCUCGAGAACCCCAAGAAGUUCAUCCCCGGUACCAAGAUGGCCUUUGGUGGUCUGAAGAAGGGCAAGGAGCGCAACGACCUGAUCACGUACGUAUCCAUCACGUCAGAGAAAGAGAGUCUAUUAACGACCGUGCAGCUACCUCAAGGAGAGCACCGCUUAAAUGUCUGA